AUGUCGUCUCCUGCCACUUCGGCCCCUACCAGACUCAGACAGAUAGCCCUUGUUUCUCUGAAUCUAAAAAGGGCAGAGCACCUUCUGACAAAAGUUAUCGGAACUGAGGUUGUUUUCGUGGACCCUGGAGUUGAGAAAUGGGGUUUGGAGAAUAUUCUCGUGGGUAUAGGGGGCGAUUUUAUCGAGGUUGUUUCACCCACGAAGCCCAACACAACAGCAGGCAGACUUCUUUCAAAGAGGGGCGAUGGUGGCUACAUGAUCAUAAUGCAGACAGUGGACGCCAGACAGCAGCGUGCCCAUAUCGAGUCAAGGGAUCUGGGUAAAGUCAUAUAUAUGCAUGAACACGAGGACAGUGUUUGCAUCCAAUAUCAUCCCAAGGGAAUCAGAGGUGGCGUGAUACCAGAACUUGACUCUUACGAAGCCACACCAGCAAACCCAACGCCGGUUACAUCUCGGUUCUCACCCUGGCAUGCCUGUGGCAAGAACUACAGCUCAUACUCAAAGGGGAUGAAUAAUACGGCCGACCUAUAUCUUACUGGGGUGACCUGUCGUCUGGCACCAGGGGAUAAGGACAUAGACGCCGCGUUGGAUCAAUGGAAGGCAACAUUUGGAAUUGCAGGAAAUCGUGAUUACCUGCAAUUCACGAAUGUGAGUAUGCGCUUCUUACCUGGCAUGGAAGGACAAAGCGCGGGACUCAUGGAUAUUACCAUAGCUGUGCAGGGGGAGGAAAGGCUAAAAGAGAUAUUCGAUAGAGCUAGAGAGCUCAACGUCCCAUCGGGAGACGGAUGGGUUGACAUGCUUGGAGUUAGGUGGCGGUUUGUCAAGAAAGAGGAUGGGAGCAAGCUGUAG